AUGGACAGUGCUGACUUAUUCGAAGAUCUUCACAGCCUAGAAGACUCUUUUUACCAAGAGGGCUACGAUGCUGGCGCUGCCGAUGGCUCACGCGCAGGGCGCAUCGAAGGUAGAGUCUUCGGCCUGGAGAAAGGCUUUGAGAAGUUCGUUGCUCUAGGCCGACUAUCUGGUCAGUCCAAAGUUUGGAUGCAAAGACUGCAUACUAUAGGCGAAGAACACUCAGGUGAAAACAAUGUGCAUGCUGCCAAUGCAGAAUUACCUUCCUUAAUGGAGAAUCCCCGACUUCGGAAACAUAUUACUACACUCAGGGAUCUGGUUGACCCAGAUACGUACGACACGCGCAACAACGAAGACGCUGUAGCCGACUUUGACAAUCGCUACAAGAGAGCGAAGGCAAAGGUGAAAGUCAUUGAAAAGAUUGUUGGUGAGGAUGUCCGAUCCCUGGAGUCUGUCGAUGACCUUGCCCGAGUCAGUAAUACCAGACCUGAUCUACGCAUUUCUAGCGAGCAAGCACAGGAGAAAAACAUGGAAGACUUUGGUCGUGAUCUCGCAAGAGCUACCGACUCGAUUUGA